CCCUCCUCCAGCAGCAGCAGCAUCCAUUAAAGGUCCCCGCAUCUCCUCUUCCCUUUUCUCGGACCAUCUUCUCCUCCUGUAAGAUGCCCGUAAGCGGCGAGGGCUUGUCGGGAGGAGCCGAGGCCAGAGGACGGCAUCUCCGCGUAUAUUUUCGAGUGUGACAGGAAGGCAGCGGAGCGACAAUGGAUGUGGUUCGGAGGAGACAAAUGAAAUUCUGAUUUUCUCCGGGAUUAGCUGGCUAAAGCUAGCCCGGCUAGCUACCCCUUAGCUCGGUGGCUGUUUUCUCCUCUCCCCGCUCUGGUCGCUGUAUUGUUUCCCCUUCAAUAUAAAACAUUCCUUAAUGCGUUUUUUUUAUUGACGUGAAGACAUGUUGGAGUCAUUCCCGUCAAGGAGAAACCAUCCUAACGGGUUUCUAGCCUCCCAACGGCUCCGCUAGUUAGCCGCGAGCAUCAAUAACCUUCAUUUUUUUCCCUCCCCUAUUUUCUAUCCUUUAUCUUUUCUAUAUUUUUCCUCUGGUUUAUCCGUGGAGAUGCUGGUAGAGAUGGAGUGUGCCUGACGGUGGAGCCGCUCCAUGAAGGUCAUGAUAGUGAAAGAAUGAUCAUGCUGGAAAAACAGAGCUCGACCCAGGAGAUCGGCGAGGAGGCGGAGGAGGAUGCCAUCUUCACCAUCACGCUGAGGAAGAUGCAGCUCCACCAGUCCGCCAGCAAGGGGCAGCGGUGGCUGGGUGUGGAUACGGACUCCGCCCUGAGCCUCUAUGAGACGUGCAAAGUGCGAACCAUCAAGGCCGGGACGCUGGAGAGGCUGGUGGAGUACAUGGUGUCAGCCUUCAAGGGCAAAGACUCCACCUACGUCACCAUCUUCCUCUGCACCUACCGCUCCUUCGCCACCACCAAGCAGGUGCUGGAUCUCCUGCUCAACAGGUACGCCAAGCUCCAGAACAUCCCUGCUGUCUCCGCACAUCGAGUCUCCCAGGACGACCGCACAGAGUUGAGGAACACCGUCUCUUCCAUCCUGGGCGCGUGGUUGGACCAAUACUCAGAGGACUUCUGGAGCCCCCCGAACUAUGAAUGUCUGCACCAGCUCCUGGCUUACCUCCACCUCCACUUCCCCGGCUCGGACCUGGAGCGCCGCGCCCGCAACCUGCUGGCCCACUUCCACCGCCGACAGCAGUGUGAGCCUGAUCCCGAUGGGGAAAACAUCGGCUGCCCUUUCGCUACGCAGGAAGAAAGCGGCUUUGAGGACGAGCUUCCUGCUUUCAGCUUUCUGUCGUUUGACCCCAUCAUGGUGGCGGAGCAGUUCACACUCAUGGACGCGGACCUGUUUAAGAAGGUGGUGCCGUACCACUGCCUGGGGGGCAUCUGGUCUCAGCGGGACAAGAAAGGCAAGGAGCACUUGGCUCCCACCAUCAGAGCCACUGUGGCGCAGUUCAACUCAGUGACCAACUGUGUGAUCACCACCUGCCUGAGCAACCCCACGCUGAAGCCCAACCAGAGAGCCCGGCUCAUCGAGAGGUGGAUCGAUGUGGCGCGGGAAUGUCGGAUCUUGAAGAACUUCUCCUCGCUGCGAGCGAUCCUCUCUGCCCUGCAGUGCAACGCAAUCCACCGCCUGAAGAGGACAUGGGACGAAGUUUCUCGGGAAAGUGUCAGAACCUUCCGCGAGCUGUCAGAAAUCUUCUCAGAUGAUAAUAACUAUUCCUUGAGUCGAGAGCUGCUGGUGAAGGAGGGCACCUCGAAGUUUGCAACUUUAGAAAUCAACCCCAAACGAGCGCAGAGGAGACACCAGCAGCAGAGAGACCUGGGGGUCAUGCAGGGGACCAUUCCUUAUUUGGGGACAUUCCUGACUGAUCUUGUGAUGAUGGACACUGCCAUGAAGGAUUACACCGAGGGAGGUCUGAUCAAUUUUGAGAAGAGGAGAAAGGAGUUUGAGGUGAUAGCUCAGAUCAAACUGCUCCAGUUGGCCUCAAACAACUACAGCUUCACUCAGGAAAGCCACUUCAGAGAGUGGUUCGCAGCCGUGGAGAAACUCAGCGAGGCAGAAAGCUACAAUCUGUCCUGUGAGAUCGAGCCUCUGUCCGAGUCGGCCAGCAACACGCUGAGAGCCAAGAAGAACGGAGGAAUCAUGAAGCGAUGGAGCGACCGGCAGUUGACGGAGGCAGGCUGCAGCGGCGGCGCAGGCUCCCACUCAAAGUCCUUCGACCACUCCCACUACAGACCGUACCAAGGAGGAGGCGGGGACAGCGGCGACGCCCUCAGUGUAACGUCUGUCAGCUCCAGCGGGUCGGACCUGGAGGAUGUGAACACCAGCUUUCUGUCUGAUUCACCAGAGGGACACGAGAGGAAGACAUCGACUCCUUCAGUGAAGCUCACCGUCUCUGCUUUAGGGAGAGAAGCUCCAGCUGCGGAUACGACCUCAACGUGUCCUCCUCAGUUCUGGGAGUGCACGUCUCUGUCCUCCCUGGACACCUCUGGGAUGGGAUCCAGCUCCGGCUCCGCCUCGGGCUCCAGCAGCACGUCCUCCUCCUCGGUCUCCUCUUCCACGCCGCUGUCCGCCUCCCGCUCCCACAAACGCUCGGUGUCGGCGGUGUCCAACUACUCCACGCUGUCGCUGCCGCUCUACAACCAACAGGUGGACGACUGCUGCAUCAUCAGGGUCAGCCUGGAUGUGGAAAACGGCAACAUGUAUAAGAGCAUCCUGGUGACCAGUCAAGACAAAACCCCAGCAGUGAUCAGGAAGGCCAUGAUCAAACACAACCUGGAGCGGGAGAAAACAGAGGACUACGAGCUGAUGCAGAAGAUCUCAGAGGACAAAGAGCUCCGGAUUCCAGAUAACGCCAACGUCUUCUACGCCAUGAACUCCACUGCCAACUACGACUUCGUGCUAAAGAAGCGCGGCUUGGGCCGGCCGGUGCGGGCCAAGACCGUGGCCAGUUCAACGCUGCCUCGCAUGAAGCAGAAGGGACUGAAGAUCGCUAAAGGGAUUUUCUGAGGUCCGCCUUUCUCCACCCGCUGGACUCCCAGUUUCUGGUCCUCAGGAGAGACGAGCCAACCUGGAGCGUCCACGUUUGGGACUGAGGCAGAGACCGGACCUUUCUGUGGCACUUUAGCACUUCACUGGAUGAGUUGCUUCUUCAGGACCCUUGGAGGAAAUGGGAGUUUGUUUUCUUACAGCUACAAACUCAGGAAAGUGGGACAAACUCGGACUCAUCACCUUCCACCUGGUUGGGAUCAAACAUCUGAAUAUCUGACGCCUCACGUUUUUGUUUACAUCUCAGUUCAACCAUCCUUCUGCACCUUCACUUUUUAAUCCUCCUCAAUGGAUCACACUCUUAACGCUCAUCAUCCAGAGACAAAGCAAGACGAGAUCCAGGGUUCCAGCUCUGCGUUUUAAGGCUCAGAAUGUGCUUCUGCUGGGAGCGUUCCUGACCUUUUGACGCCGUUACCUGGAUUUCACCGCCGUUUUGUCAACAGAACCUGGAGGAAAAGAAGCUUGUCUGAAACUCUGCAGUAUUUUUAAAAAAAGGAAAUGGUAAAAAAAAAGCUUCAAAGCAACGUCAUAAUCCAGAGAAAACUCCCACGCCUCCGUUUGCGUUUUUUUUUACCAGGUCAGAACCACUACAUGGAGAACAAGCAGAGCGAUCGCACUUCACACAGACUGAACAGACAGAAUGUAAAUAUGAAAAACACGGUCUGUGCAGCAUAUUCUGAGAAAGGACCCUGUGAUUUCUGUUUAUAGACUCAUGAUAUAAACAGUUUUUAAUAUUUUUAUUUAGCUUUGUUUGUUUGUUUGUUUUGUUUAUUGUUUUUUUGUUUGUUUUUCUCAUCUUUGCUCUGAUGUGGUGCUGUUCCUCAUCUUCUCAUGGUUUCCCAUGUUCCUCCAAACCGCCAGGCGCCAUGUUGGAAGAAAAACACAGAAGUUUAAAAAAGCAACAAAAACAAAAUGUCUAUUUAGAGAGAGUUGACUAGUUAAAUUAUCCUUAAAAAUAUGGAAGGCCAAAAGUGCCGCGAUCAAAUUCAUAAUUAUGCUAAUUAUAAAAUGUUUAUGCUUGAUUAUUUUAAAACGUAUCUAAAUUUUUCUUUAUUGAAAUUAGUAAAUUUACAUUUUAAAUAAGUUAUGAACUAAAUUAUUAGUACUUCCUAUUUUAAUGUGCAAGUAAAAGUUUUACUUUUGUCAAAUAGACCCUGAUAUGUUAGAAAACUGAACAGCGAACCAACCGGCUUGUCUGUAACAGUUAAGGCCCCGCCCACUGGCUUCCUGUGGUAAAAGCCUGACAGAUAAACAUUUAUUAGAUCGUACAGCAGAACCUGGAAGGAAUUGAAUAAAAAAAUUACAUUUUUGAAAAUUGAAAUAGUCAUAAUUUAAAAGUUUGAGUAAUGAUCCAAGCUAUGAUUAAUAAUAAUUAAUUCCAGAUCAGUUUACUGAUUUAUUUGAAUGUUUACAUUUCAUAUAGAACGUCUUACUUGAUGAUUUACUUGAUCUUUUGAUAUUUAUGAUAAUCAGGAGAAAAAAAAUUACAAAGUGAUCGAAAGAUAUUAAUAAAAUGGAUAAAAAUAACCAGAUUUCUCUCUGAACUCUUAUGCCUCAGUUGAUAAGUUAAGAAUAUCUGAACUAAUCAACAAUAAGAGUUUAUUUAUCUAAUGCAGAGUCGUAAUGGAUCCAAACUAAAGCACUGAUGGCUGCUGUUCCUAAUCCAUUUUUUAAUCCCUUUUUAAGCUGAAAAAACAUCCACAUUUUUUUUAUUUCUAAUGAAGAUUAUCAGGUUUCUUGCUGAGAAUCCUCUGGACUCAGUAAAUCUCUGCGAUUCAGUUUAAUUUCUUCCAACAUGGCGGCCCUCUGACCCUUUUCUAUACGUUCAGUUUUCCAAAUGUGCCGCAUGUUUUCAGCUUGGAUCAGCUCUGGUCUCUCUGAAUGCAGCCGAGUCGCUCGUGUCUGAGCUCCGUUGGAAGGGUUUCCGUGUGGAAAACUCAGACAUAAGAUGAAUGUGAAUCCUAAAGGAAGCGCCGGUUAUGCUUCCAAGCAUCCAUAAAAGAAAACUCUAACCAUCGUGCUUCUCUCAGUCCUCUUUCGUCUUUUUUAAACUUCUACUGUAGGUGUCUUUGAUCCACAUUUUCUUUUCUUCACAUUAACACAGUUUCAUCACAUUUAGGGGCUUUCUUCACCCACCUCACAUAAACCAACUUGUUUUGUUGCCAUUGUUCCUCACUUCACACAAAAGCAGCCUCUCUGUUGCAGCUCUCUUUCACUUCGCUUUGUUUUGAAGCCCUAAAUGUAAAACCUGUCUGCCACUGCCUCUGCACUGCUUACAUUUGGUGCCAAGCAGCUAUUGCUGCACAGCAUUCUGGGAAUUGAGGGGAAAGCACUAAAAGAAAUGACACGAUGGUGUAGUGUUGAACACUAAGUCGGCUCAGGCCUCUGCGACCUCCUUUUGCCUUUUUAUUUUGGUCCGUUCUUAUCCGUGCGCGUUUGUUCCUUCGUAACCUUCAUGCUGAAACGAGCGACGAGCCCCGAACACAAACUGAAAAAAACACGCUGCAGAAGCAAUACGUGAGACGAGCAGCAGGGCGAGAACGCCGUCCUGCUGCCACUGAUGUCAUCGUGAAACACUGUGACCUUUGACCCCUUCACUCCCUGCCUCCCUCCCCCGUCGAUCGGUACUGUGAACCGUUUAUUUUCACGAUGGGUCCAUUUUCGCUCGUGUUGUCUGACGAGGCAGCAGGCCGGAUCCAACGUGUGCCAAAAACAGAAAGGAAAAAGUGAUGAGGCUGCCUUUGUGUCGCCAUGGGAACGGUUAGCUUCUGUGUUUACUGUUUACUCGAGGGAGAACACGAAGAUGGGAAUAAAAAAAAAGAAAACAUGUCUGGACACGCUUAAGAGAGGACAGUUUUGCUGAUUUUUGUCCAGGAAAGUAAAAGCGGGCGUGUUUGCAGAGCAAAGCCAAACUUCAGUGAAUUUAUUCUGCUGGGAUUUUUAUAUUUGAAAGUCUUAACUUCUUUAUUGUACACUAACUAAAACGUUCACAUCACUGAAAGAUCCUAUCCCUACAAGGUUAUCUUAAAACCCGGAUCCAAGUGUGUGAUCAAAUUAAUUUAAACAUUAAGAAACUAAAGCUAACUGUAUUUAGCUCCUUUUAUUGUUGCUCAUUUUUGUUCACAUAAUCGCCUUUGAUCCAGAACGAGUCCCUCGCUUUACAAUCGGACCUAAAAGGCAGCAGGAAGUGUGUGAAAAUAGUUUUUCUGUUGCUUGUGGAUCUGCUGUGGAGAAACCUGUGAUGACCAUGAGCAGGACCCUUCCUCUUCGUCCCGCAGUUAACUUGAUUUUAAAAAUGAGCCAAGUGUUUCAGUUUCUUUUAUUAAGAGUUCCCAAAUUUUAACUGAAAAUGGGGAGGAAGGGUGGAUUUUUGGGCAGUAUUCAGUAUUUGUCUGAAAAGUAAAAACUUGACUGUUGAUCUUAAUCUGGUUUGUGCUUCUAAACGAUCAGUCUCUUCAGCAGCUCUGUGUCUGACUUUAUGGUUGUUUUCUGACCCUGCGGGGUGACGGAUGUGAUGGACUGUUUGUGUGUGUGUUUUGUUGCCCUUGUUCAAAAUGAAUUCAGUGAUUGUGUGUGAGUUUGGAA